CUCUCCACCGCAUCAGUGCGCUACACGAUCGAUCUGGAGAAGUGAUUGGGAUAACUAUGCGUGCCGGGCGUACAGUAACCGGUAGCAUAGGCAUGAUCAGCGAUAUCCUGUUUGGCACAGACAAGAGCGUGUUGGUGAUGGGAGAGCCGGGUAGUGGUAAAACCACCAUUAUCCGAGAAAUUGCGCGUGCUAUGGCUGAUUGUCGAUACGUCCAACGAAAUCGCAGGCGACGGGACAAUACCGCACCACUGUAUCGGCUUAGCACGACGAGUACAGGUAUGAAGAAGCCGUCUGCCUCGACUAUCCAGGUGCCCGAUCUAGCCGCACAGGGCCGGGUUAUGGUGGAGUGUGUGCAGAAUCACACACCGUCUGUGAUGGUCAUUGAUGAGAUCGGUCGUCCUUGUGAGGUAGCCUCAGCCCGCACCGUCAAGCAACGAGGUGUGCGCAUUAUAGCGAGUGCUCAUGGGGACAUGCGCAAACUCAGCAAGAAUGCGCAGCUGAGUGGCAUACUAGGCGACAGACAGAGCAGUAUCUUGUCCGGGGAAUCCCGACUACAAACAGGGUAUCUGACCCGAUUUUCGAUACAAUAA